AUGUCGAACGUCCCUGCCCAUCUCCCCGGUGACCUUGGCGAGCAUGACCCUCGCCGUGAGGCCCACCCCGUCGGCAACGAGCCCGGCUCUGGUGGUCACGAAGUCAAGCUUGGGUCCAACGAGGCCAAGGGCAUUGAGCACGGUGCCACUGCCGCCGAGCACAGCAACAACAACAACCCCAGAUCAGACAACACUGCUGAGCAGGCCUUCAACGGUGGCAGCGUCGAGAACAUGGACCGUCAGAAGCGUCAACAAGCAUCAGACAUCCCCGGCGGCCGCACUGGCCACGACGAGACCAACCGCGGCGACAACUACGGCAGCGGUCUUACCGGUAACACCGGUUCCGGCCUGACUGGUUCCGGUCACCACCACGACCACUCUCACACUCACCACCACGGCUCGACUGGCUCGGGUUUGACCGGCGGUCUUCCUCAGUCUGGCAUUGAGCCCAUCUCUGGUGUUAGAGGCGCCGGUUCCUCUGGCUUCAGCGGCUCCGACCCCCAGGAGCGUCACCAGCUCCACCACGGCACUGCCCACCACGCCCACGACUUCAGCCACCAGCACAACACCCGCACUGGUGAACUCCUCGACCCUGCCAGCGGUAGAGACACUGGCAUUCCCGGCUACGCUGGCGGUGCCUCUGGUCUGACCGGCUCGCACACCGGCACUGGCUUGACCGGCUCGCACACUGGUACCGGUCUUACCGGCUCAAACACCACUGGCUACGGCCAGACUGGCUUCGGCCAGACUGGCUCCACCGGCGAGCGUCUCAGAGAGGACGUCCGUGAGGGUGAGCGUGGCCUCACCGGCUCUCACACCGGCUCGGGUCUUACUGGCUCGCACACUGGUACCGGCCUUACCGGUUCGCACACUGGCACCGGUCUUACCGGCUCAAACACCACUGGCUACGGCCAGACUGGCUUCGGCCAGACUGGCUCCACCGGCGAGCGUCUCAGAGAGGACGUCCGUGAGGGCGAGCGUGGCCUUACUGGCUCUCACACCGGCACCGGUCUUACCGGCUCAAACACCACUGGUUACGGCCAGACUGGCACCACCGGUGACCGCCUCAGAGAGGAUGUCCGCGAGGGCGAGCGUGGUCUUACUGGCACUUCCACCGGCCACCACGGCUCGACCGGCUCAGGCCUGACUGGCUCUCACACUGGUCAGCACGAGACCACUGGCGAGCGCGUCAGAGACGAGGUCCGUGAGGGCGAGCACGCCACCGGCCACAACACCACCGGUACCACUGAGCACAAGAAGGCUUCCCUUUUGGACAAGCUCAACCCCCUCAAGGACUCUGACGGUGACGGCAAGAAGGGUUUCAUGAAGUAA